CGAUGGCGGCCACCCCUGUCGCCUUGGCGCCGUUGGUAACCUGUCUGUACGACGUGCAGGCUUUCAAGUUCGGGGACUUCGUGCUGAAAAGCGGGCUGUCCUCCCCCGUCUACAUUGACCUGCGGGGCAUCGUUUCUCGGCCGCGUCUCCUGAGUCAGGUCGCAGAUAUUUUAUUUCAAACUGCCCGAAAUGCAGAGAUCAGUUUUGACACUGUAUGUGGAGUGCCUUACACAGCUUUGCCAAUGGCCACAGUUCUGUGUUCAACCAACCAAAUUCCAAUGCUUAUUAGAAGGAAAGAGAAAAAGGACUAUGGCACUAAGCGUCUUGUGGAAGGAGCCGUGAAUCCAGGAGAAACCUGUUUGGUCAUCGAGGACAUCGUCACCAGCGGCUCCAGUGUCUUGGAGACCGUUGAGGUUCUUCAGAAGGAGGGCCUCAAGGUCACGGAUGCCAUAGUGCUUCUGGACAGAGAGCAGGGGGGCAAGGAGAUGUUGGCGGCGCACGGGAUUCGUCUCCACGCCGUGUGCACCUUGUCCAAAGUGCUGGCGAUCCUUGAGCAGCAGCAGAAGCUCGACGCUGAGAUGGUCGGGCGAGUGAAGAGGUUCAUUCAGGAGAAUGUGUUCGUGCCUGGCAGUGCGCCCCCUUCCGUACCAAAAGCACCCAAAGAACUGAGCUUCGCAGCCCGGGCAGAGCUGCCUGGGACCCACCGCAUCGCAGCGGGGCUUCUCCGGUUAAUGCAGAAGAAAGAGACCAAUCUCUGUCUGUCUGCCGAUGUCUCCGAGGCCAGGGAGCUGCUGCAGCUCGCCGAUGCCUUAGGACCCAGCAUCUGCCUGCUCAAGACUCACGUGGAUAUUCUGAACGACUUCACUCUGGAUGUGAUGAAGGAGCUGUCAGCUCUGGCAAGGCGUCAUGAGUUUUUAAUAUUUGAAGACCGGAAAUUUGCAGAUAUUGGCAACACAGUAAAAAAACAAUACGAAGCUGGUGUCUUUCAGAUCGCUUCCUGGGCAGAUGUAGUAACUGUGCAUGCAGUGCCGGGCUCGGGCGUGGUGAAAGGCCUGGGAGAAGUGGGCCUGCCCCUCCAGCGAGGGUGCCUGCUGAUCGCCCAGAUGAGCUCCGCGGGCUCCCUAGCCACGGGGGACUACACCGACGCAGUGGUUAAAAUGGCCGAGGAGCAUUCUGAGUUUGUGGUGGGCUUUAUUUCUGGCACCCGAGUGAGCACCAAACCAGAAUUCCUUCAUUUGACUCCGGGAGUUCAAUUACAAACAGGAGGGGAUAAUCUUGGCCAGCAGUACAACAGCCCGCAAGAAGUUAUCGGCAAACGAGGUUCUGACAUCAUCAUCGUGGGCCGAGGCAUCCUGUCAGCUGCGGAUCGUCUGGAAGCAGCCGAGAUGUACAGGAAAGCCGCAUGGGAAGCUUAUUUGAGUAGACUUGGUGUGUGAGUGCCUUCCAUGCCCUUGAAGAUACUGGGUGCCCCAAGAUGCACUCUCUUGCAAUGAGCAGCUUUUAACACUGCUUGGGUCUUCCUCCACACUUGCCGGAAUGGUUUGGGCAUUAUCAGGGUCGGAGGGAAACACCAGGUGAUUUGUCAUACUGGAUUGUUGUUGUCAUAAAUUCAUUUUCUAGCCUUG